AGUUCUGCCCAAGGAGGAAGGGGCACUGAGCAGCAGCAGUAACCCAGAGGCAGUUCCCAGGAAGCUGGAGUGGACGCUGUUGCUAAGAAAUAAGAGGGGGCCUUGAAGAGGGCUGUGAUACAAAGAAAGCCACAUCUGGGGCCAGGAGAAGGGUUGUGUUUCCUUCCCUGUAUCCCUGUGUUUCCGCUUUGUGCUCAUUGUUACAGUGAUGCUCCCUGAACUGCACAGUGAGAUGGUAAAUGUGUGUCUCUACUGAUCUGAGCUCUGAAGCAGGAGCCCGUGUCUUCCUGAAGCAUCCUCAGGGCCUAAGUGACCACAUUCCACGGUGAGGACGCCACAGGGAGGUGCUGAUGGAUGGGCUGAGGAUGAAGGAGACCCCGUGAGGGAGGCUAUGACAGGAAAGAACAUGCCCUGGGUCAUUUUACCUGGAAGGGGGGGUCUCAGGAAGUCACAGGGUCCAUUUGCUACUUCAUCCUAGAAAAGAAACCAGGCUCCUGGGGAGGGUUUGUUCCUUUUCUGUGCAGCUGCUGACUUGACAACCACGUGAGAGGGAGGGACAACCUCUGAGUGACCCCACCCUGUAUAUCUGUCUGUCCUGAGGGCUCCACGGUUUCUUUCCUGUGCAUAGCUGAGACCAGAGGAAGGAGACGCCAUGAUCCCCACCCUCAUUGCCCUGCUCUGUCUUGGACUGAGCGUGGGGCCGAGGACCCAAGUGCAGGCAGGGACCCUCCCCAAACCCACCAUCUGGGCUGAGCCAGGCUCUAUGAUCCUCUGGGGGAGCCCUGUGACCAUCUGGUGUCAGGGGACUCUGAAGGCCCAGGAGUUCCGUGUGGAUAAAGAGGGAAGCACAGAACCCUGGUACAGACAGAAGCCACUAGAGCCCGGGAACAAGGGCAAGUUCCCCAUCACACGCAUGACAGAGAACACUGCAGGGAGAUAUCGCUGUUACUAUCUCAAUCCUGCUGGCUGGUCAGAGCACAGUGAACCCCUGGAGUUGGUGGUGACAGGCAUCUACAGCAAACCCUACCUCUUAGCCCAGCCGAGCCCUGACAUGACCUCAGGAGAGAAUGUGACCCUCCUGUGUGGCUCACAGGAAGGAUUUGGCAUCUUUAUUCUGGCUAAGGAAGGAGAACACAGGCCCCCCUGGGCUUUGGACUCACAGCGACAUUUCAGUGGGAAUUUCCAGGCCCUGUUCCCUGUGGGUCCUGUGACCACCAGCCACAGGUGGACAUUCAAAUGUUAUGGCCGUUACAGGAACAUCCCUGAGGUGUGGUCACAGCCCAGUGACACCAUAGAGCUCCUGGUCUCAGGAGCAGCUGACACCAUCAGCCCAUCACAAAACACGUCAGACCCCAAGAGUGCCUCCCAUCCCCAGGAUUACACAGUGGAGAAUCUCAUCCGGAUGGGCGUGGCUGGUAUGAUCCUGGUGGCCCUCGGUGUUCUGCUGUUUCAAGCUCAUCACAGCUCGAGAGAGACCCAUGAUGCAUCCAGGAGGUGACACAGGAGGGAACAAUGCACUGUUCAUAGUGGUGCGUUCUUGGAGAUGAAUUCUUAUGCCCAGGACAUUUUGACUGAGCGUGUGGGGCACAUGCUGUGCAACCUGUCUGCAGCUUGCUGCAGGUGGACGACGCAUUUUUCAUGGGCAGGGACAAGGUCUGGGCCCUUCUGCCAUGAAACUGCCACUUUCUCUCCCAACUACUGCUAAGCUCUCUGACUGGCUCCUCUCUUUCCCCAUUUCUGUGCCAUCAGCAUUUUUCCCACGUGACACGUUUGGGUCCACACCUCCCUACACUUUCAUGGAGCACAUUUUCCUUUAUUUCUCAUUACGCAUACCUUACUUUGAAGCACUUAUGGAGUCUCCAUGUCUUCAGAUCAGAGCAUGCAGUCUAUUUUAAUAAACCCAUAAGUUGACAUAACAAAGAGCCAGCCCAAGGGAGAUAAAUCCAAAAUGGUGCCCUAACAUUCUCUCUGGACUCCAAGCCUUUCAUUUGCAUCAGAUGCUACCUGUGUAAAUUCUUCAGAAAUGUCUCCACUUGGAAUCAAGACAUUGGUGUUUGAAGGGAUCACCAGGUCUGUAAUGCCUCUGAGACACUCAGUUAAAAAGCCAAUUCUUGUAAAGUACAGUACAGGAAAUACAGUCAAUAAUAUUGUGAUAACUACAUAUGGUGCCAGGAGGGGAUCAUUUUGUAAAUUUGGG